CAGAUUUUUUAUUAAGAUGAUUCCUGAUUUUACUUUUAAAUCUCCCCUGCUGAAAGAUAUCCCUGAAAUGACUAUUGGUGAAUUACAUGGUGAAAUUCAAGAAGAAAAGAAAAAUCUUUCUAUCCAGCUUAAGACGCGUCCUUCACUUUCAAUUUCAUAUGGAAUCAAGAAAUCCUCACAAGACUUCAAGACAUCCUCCAAAAAGCAGCAUACUCUUAAGUAUAUAAAGAAGGAAUUCCAGGCUGCAUAUGAACGGCUAAGAUACCUACAAAGGAAGCAUUAUCAAAAGAAGGAUCCAAAACAAACCAAAGGUAUCAACUGGAAAUAUGUAUGGAAAUAACUGGCAACUGGCCUAUCACGAUAGAAAACGGUGAAAAAUGAUACCCAUAAUAGAAAUGAACUGACCAAAUGAUCAUUAUGAAAUCAAAGAUGAUAUUCCUCUCAAACUGAUCAAGAAAAGGUAUCGCAAAAAGAAAUAAUUUCAAUAUUUAAAAGAAUUAG